CCCUUGACACCCCCCAUCCUGACUGAAGACAGGGCCCGUCGCCCUCGGGGCUCCUCCCGGCUCUGUUGCGCUCAGGCAGGUGUCCCGGCCGCGGCCUGACGUGUCUUUGCCCAGCCCGGAGGCCCCCACGCAGAGCCCCGACCGAGGUGCUGCCUGGAAGGUUCUCACGCGGCCGGUGUGGGUGCCCUGGGCCCAGGAUGCCCCGGGGGGAGUAGAAGUCCCAAACCCGAAGCCUUGGCCCUGGGGGCCACCAUGGGGCCCCUGUUGGCUGCGCUGUGUGUCUGGAUGGCUCUCGGGUGGGUGGGGGCUCUGGACCCCUCCGCAGACCCCCCGGCCCCCCUGGGCCCCGCAGAGCAGGAGCAGGGCCAUUACCUCGCCCAGCUGUUCGGCUUAUAUGGAGAGAAUGGAACCCUGAGCAUCGGCGGCCUGGCGCGGCUCCUCCACAGCCUGGGCCUGGGCCGGGUCCAGGGACUUGAGCUGGGCCACUCGGGCGUCUCGGGGGGACGGGCUGGGCCCUCCCCUGGGGACAACGGCACCCACAGGCUGCCGGACUCUGGGCUCAGCGUGGACGUCUGGCCAGGACUGCCCCUGGGCUCCUCGGAGUGGAGGGACCCCGAGAAGCCGGGGCCUCCGUCCUCUGGCCUCGACCUCUUCCACCGGCUUCUGCUGCUGGACCACUCGCUGUCCGACCACCUGCAUGAGGAUUGUCUCAAUGGCUCCCAGCUUCUCGUCAAUUUCGGCUUAAGCCCGGCGGCUCCCCUGACCCCUCGCCAGUUUGCCCUGCUGUGCCCGGCGCUGCUCUAUCAGAUCGACAGCCGAGUCUGCAUCCGGCCGCCGGCCCCUGCCCGCCGAGGGGACUUGCUGUCGGCCCUGGCCCAGAGUGCCCUGGCUGUGCUGGCGCUCAGCGCUCUGGCUCCCUUCUCCAUCCUGCUGUUACGACUCCUGGGCUCCCGGCUGCUGCGUCCUCUGCUGGGCUUCUUGGGGGCGCUGGCUGUGGGCACACUCUGUGGAGAUGCUCUGCUGCACCUGCUGCCACACGCUCAGGGAGGCCGUCACGGGGGGGACCUGGGCCCCGGCGUGGCCAUGCUGGGAGGCCUCCUCCUCCUCUUCAUCUUGGAGAAUCUACUUGGGAUUUUCCGUCAGGGUGGGCUGCAUUUGAGAUGCUGUAGGCAAACCAGAAGAGACCCUGGAAUCCAAGACCCAGAGAAUGUUUGGGGAACGACUCUUGAGCCCCUGCGAGCAGUUCCAGAAACGGCGCCCCAAGGGCCAUGGGAGCCGGAAGGCCCCCCUGCCCCAGCCCGGCUUCCUCAAAGACCUCAGGGCCAUGCCCAUAGCCACGGGCACCCAAGUGGCGGGAACUCUCCGAUCACGUGGAUGGUCCUGCUGGGCGACGGACUGCACAACUUCACUGAUGGGCUCGCCAUUGGCGUUGCCUUCUCCGAUGGCUUCUCCAGUGGCAUCAGCACCACGCUGGCUGUCUUGUGCCAUGAGCUUCCCCAUGAGUUGGGUGACUUUGCCAUGCUGCUGCAGGCCGGCCUACCCUACCGAAGGCUUCUGCUGUUAAGCUUGGUGUCGGGGGCCCUGGGGCUGGGUGGUGCGGCCCUGGGCGUGGGCCUCAGCCAGGGCCCUGCACCAUUCACUCCCUGGGCUUUUGGGAUGACUGCUGGGGUCUUCCUUUACGUGGCGCUGGUGGAUAUGCUCCCUGCCCUGCUUCACCCCCCAGAUCCCCUGCCUCCAUCCUAUAUCCUGCUCCAGGGGCUGGGGCUGCUUCUGGGGGGCUGCCUCAUGCUGACCAUCGCCCUGUUUGAGGAGCAGCUGCUUCCCCUGCCCUCGGAUGGCUGAAGCGGAGGCGCCCGGGGCCGGGGCCGGGUCCCUCCCCUCCCACCCCCUCCUUCCCAGGAACAGAGGCGGGACACCGGCCAGUAGGAGCAAUAGGACUUUAAUAAACAGAACCCAUCCCCAAA